AAGCGCAACCAAUGGUUACCGUUAUUUACCAGCGAUCAAACUGAAAUGGAAACGGUACAACCGGAACAGAUUGCAUAUUUUGAAACGGAAAAUGAUGCAUUAUUGCAGCUUCGAACUAAUCUGGAACGUGAAAUUCGUCUGAAAUUUGAUCAAAGUCGUCUGUACGGUAUUCCGCACUGGAAUUUAUUAGCUUCCAGGUAA